GAACUGCCGCUUCAGGGUUCUGUUUUGUCCACACUCGCUCGCCCGCUCUUGCUCUCUCGUGCUUUUUUUUUUGCAGGCAGCCAACAUGAUUGCAAACAUCGUGUCCCGGAGGGUUUUGCUCGGGAAUGCCGUCGCUUGCUGCACGGGGAAACGUGCACGCUCCUGGCCGCUUGCCUCCACCAGUCGCGGCAUCCACGUGGAAGCGCCGCCGGUGAUUCCCACGCUGACGAGCAGCUACGCUCACGGCACGUCGUCCUUCUCGCUGCUCAACGCCACGGUGGGCGAGGCGCUGGUCCGGGCGGCCGACACCUGGCCCGACCGGGAGGCCGUCGUCUUUGUGCAGGACGGCGUGCGCAAGACCUUCGCCGACUUCAACCAGGACGUGGAGCGGGCUGCCUCUGGCCUUCUGGCCGUGGGCUUGCGUCCGGGUGAGCGCCUGGGUAUUUGGGGGCCCAAUACGUAUGAGUGGCUGCUGAUGCAGUUCGCCACGGCCAAAGCGGGCAUCAUCAUGGUGUCCGUUAACCCGGCCUAUCAGCUGGAGGAGGCGGAGUUUGCCCUCAGGAAGGUGGGCUGCAAGGCGGUGGUGUGCCCGGAGGCCUUCAAGACCCAAGAGUACUGUGAAAUGUUGCGGCUCAUCUGCCCAGAGAUGGCCACGUGCCCCGCCGGAGACAUCCGCAGCAGCCGGCUGCCCGAUCUGCGCUGUGUGAUCGUGCUGGGCGGCGGCCGCCAUCCCGGAGCCUUCAGCCUCGACCAGGUGCUUCAGGCGGGCGAUGGGCGCUCCCUGCGUCAGCUGCACGAGCUCCGACUGUCCUGCGAUGACCCCAUUAACAUCCAGUUUACCUCGGGAACGACGGGGCAACCCAAAGGAGCCACACUGACGCAUCACAACGUGGUCAACAACGCUUUCUUUGUGGGCAAGCGCGUGGGCUUCGACUGGCAGCCCUCCACGCGAGUGUGCCUGCCCGUGCCGCUCUACCACUGCUUCGGCUCGGUGGGCGGCGGCGUCUGCAUGGCCGUCCACGGCAUCUCGCUGGUUUUCCCUUCGCCCUGGUACAGCAGCAAAGACAACCUGGACGCCAUGCAGAAGGAGAAGUGCACCUUUGUGUACGGAACGCCCACCAUGUACGUGGACAUGACCAGUCAGCCCGACGUGCACAAGUACGACCUAUCGUCUGUGGUUGGAGGCAUCAUCGCAGGCUCGCCGUGCCCUCCCGAGCUGGUCAAACGCAUCAUCUCCAUCAUGGGCAUCAAGGAAAUCACGGCCCAUGCCGUCCAGCUGGAGCCUCUCCAGGUAGCGGCCGAAGGAGCUGUAGGCGCGCUCGGGGAUGCUCUUCAUGGGGUUCCCGCCCAAGGCCAGCUCCUCCACCACGCGCAGCUUGCUCAAGGCAGCAGCGGGGUAGACGGCCAGCUGAUUGCGCUCCAGGUGCAGCGCGGCCAGGUUCUCCACAUCGUCCAGGGAUCCGGCGUGGAGCGUGCUCAGCUGGUUGCUGCUCAGGUGCAGCCAGCGCAGGUCCUUGGCGCCGGCGAAGGUGCCGGGGCGGAGCUGGCGGAGCUUGUUGUCGUCCAGGCGCAGCACAAAGAGGUUGACUAGAGGCGAGAAGAGGCCUUUGGCCAGCUCGCCGAUGCGGUUGUGGUCCAGGUGCAGGUAGGUGAGCCGGCUCAGGUCUCGGAAAGCAUCGGGCUGGAUGCUGGUGAUCUGGUUGUGCGAAAGGUACAGGUACACCAGCUGGCUCAGGCCCUUGAAGGCGUUGGCCGCGAGCUGGCGCAGCUGGCAGUGCUGCAUGUGCAGCGACACCAGGCCGCCGCUGUCGGCGAAGGCGGCGGCCGGAACGCCGCCCAGCGGGUUCCUCUGCAAGUUGAGCAGCCGUGUGGACGCCGACACGCGUGGGAUCUUCUUGAGGCCCGCGCCCUCGCAGAUGACGUGCUGCAGGUCGCCAUGGCAGUGGCACGGGCUCGGGCACUGGCCGGGUGCAGCCCCGGCCGUCGGGACGCUCGCCAGCAGUAGCAGCAGGCAGCUCACGCGCCGCAUCUCGUCCUCGCACUGAGCCGCCCGACUUUGGGGCGCCGGCAAAAGGCGUGUGGGCGGCCACCUCCUCCCCCGGGGGGCUGUCCCCACUCGCCAGAACACUCGCCCCAUUGACCGGGAGGGGAAAAAAUUAAAAAAACUAAGUCGUCCGUCCGCGAGAGGAGGAGGUUUGCCUGCCCGCUGGCGGCUGAGCCUUUGAGCCAUAAUCGCCCGCGCGUGUUCCAAACAUUCCUUGGGCCAAGGGAGCGCUUGC